AACCUCCACACACGACUAUAUAAAUAUAACCCCCCUCACCCCUCAUCUUUUCCUCUGUUCUUCAUGCUCUUGACAUAAACACAUACAUACAUCAAAACAAACUCAAACAAACAAAUUUAACAAAAAAGUUUGUAUUUUUUCUCUGGGAUUGUUUAGAGUUGUUUGAAAAUCUCUUGUUUUUUUCAAGAAAAUGGCUAUACAAGCACAGAUGUACCCUGAAAAUCUUGGGUUGCCAUUGAUGGGUGGUGUUGGAGGAUCUCAAGAUUGGUUGUUCAUGUCUAACAACAACAACAUCAACAACAUCAACAAUGAUUUUCACAAUUUGAGCAACACUAACAACGUGUUUUUUAAUGGAUGUGGUUUUAAUGAGGUGAGUUCUAACAACAAUCUUCAACAACAAAAACAACAACAACAACUCCAGUAUUUGCAGCAACAACAACAACAACAAACUUUGUUACAAUUUCAGCAACAGUAUAUGGUACAACUUCAAAAUCAGCAACAACAACAACAAAGAAAUUGUUGUGAUAAUAAUAAUAACAACGACGGUUUUGCAUUUUUAUCAUCUCCAAAAAACUGUACAACCACAACAACAACAACCGCAACAACUGCUAGUACAACAACAAGUGGAAGUUGUGAUUAUCAGAUGCCAAUGAGUUUUUCUACAAGUUUUGCUGAUCAACUUGAAAAACAGAGACAGGAGGUUGAUAGAUUCAUUACUUUACAGAAUGAAAGGCUGAAAUUGGCAUUACAAGAACAGAGGAAGCAACAAUUAGCAGUAAUAAUGAGGAAAUUAGAGGAGAAAGCAAUGCAAUUAUUAAGACAAAAAGAUGAAGAAAUUGCAAGGUCAUUAAAAAGAAGAAUGGAAUUAGAAGAAAUCAUUAGGAAAAUGGAGAUGGAAAAUCAAGAAUGGCAAAGAUUAGCAACAGAGAAUGAAGCAAUGGUAGUAUCAUUGAACAACACAUUAGUGCAACUUAAAGAACAACAACAACAAGCUUGUUGCUUGACAACAGUAUCAUCAUCAUCAUGUUCUUCAAAUGAAGUUGGAGAUGCAGAAUCUUGCUGUAAUUUCGGCAACAACAACAACAAUAAUGAGUAUUAUUACAACAACAACAACAAAAACAGAGAAACAGGGGUUGCAGAAACAGGGGAGGAGAGAGAAAAUAUGAACAAAUGCAAAGUUUGUAAAUCUGGGAAUUCGUGCAUUUUGUUGCUUCCUUGCAGGCAUCUAUGCUGUUGCAAAGCCUGUGAAGCUUUUGUUGAUGCUUGUCCUGUUUGUAAAUCUGCUAAGAUGGCAAGCAUUGAAGCACUUCUUUCAUGAUGAUAGAUAGGAAGAAAAGAAAAGAAAAAAAAAAAGAAAUGUAGAUUUUUUUUAUUUGUUUUUAGGAAGAAAGUGAAAGGAAAAUUUGUCCAGAUUUGACUCGGAGAAAAAGGAAAAGGGUGAAAACUGAACAAUGAACAAAUGCCCAUUUUGAUCCUAGUUACUGUGUUUUAGUCUUUUGGUAAAUAUUUGUCCUUUUUUGCAGAUAAAUCAGAGGUGGGUAAGGGGGGAAAUCAAUCAAUUGAACAGAAUUUUAGUACAUGUAUAUAGCAUCUUUGCCUAUUUGGUUUUAAUGCCUUUUGGUGCAUUUUUACUUUUUAGUACUACAAAUUUUACUACUAU